GUCUGGGUUGAGCCAACAGCUGUUGCGCCAGCUGAGCACCCUUGGCCGCCCUGGUCACACCGCGCCAGCAUCCAAACAACACUCCACAGACGGAGAAAACCCGACACAUCACCGCCGAGAUCUUGCUGACGUGCGACCAGCUAGAUGCAGAGCCAGAGCCCCGCUUUCGCCUACAAGGAACGGGAACUCGCCGAUCACUCGCCGCGCGCCAUGUAUAUGCGCGACUGGCGGUCGGCCCUGCGAACGCCCACGUACAGGAUCGGGAAUCGGACGGUGCGCUUCAACUACCACUUCGCUCUGCUGAUAGCCUGCGCCCUUGGCUUGGUCCUGCUCUUCUACUUUGCCCGCCAGGGCUCGCAGUCGUCCUCCGACGGCUACUGGCUGCGUCGCAGCUUCGCGAAUGCCCGCAGCCUGGACAAUGGGCCUGGGGGCCAAAUCUACAAUGCCACAUAUCCACUCACACCCCCGAUGGUGCUGCGUGGCGGGGUGAUCAACUACCGGAUAGCUAUGAUCGCCGACUUGGACACCAACUCCAAGUUGAAGAAGAGCGACGGCAGCAGUACGUGGCAGAGCUACCUCAAGAAGGGCUACCUCACCUACACGGUGGCCAGGGCGGAGAUCCAAAUCAGCUGGGACGAUGGGGCGCCCACAGUCCUGGAAUCUGCAUUUGCCCUUAAGGGUCGUGGCAUGGAGCUCUCCGAGCUGGUGACCUUCAACGGCCGCCUGCUCAGCUUCGACGACCGCACCGGAUUGAUAUACGAAAUAGUUAACGACAAGCCCAUUCCCUGGGUGAUCCUGCUGGAUGGCGACGGGCACAGUGCCAAGGGGUUCAAGUCCGAAUGGGCCACGGUGAAGCAGCAGACCCUCUACGUGGGCUCCAUGGGCAAGGAGUGGACGACGAGUGCGGGCGACUUCGAGAACUACAAUCCCAUGUACGUAAAGGCGAUCACGCCCAGCGGCGAGGUUCGAUCCCUGAACUGGGUGGAUAACUUCAAGCAGCUGAGGCUGCAGUCGCAACAGAUAUCCCGGCCGGGCUACAUGAUCCACGAGAGUGGGGCCUGGUCGGAAGAGAAGCAGCGCUGGUUCUUUUUGCCCCGACGAUGUUCCAAGGACAAAUACAACGAGACCAAGGAUGAGCACAUGGGCUGCAAUGUCCUAGUCUCUGCCGACGAGAAGUUCAGCCAGAUCGAGACGGUGCGCCUUGAUCCUGAGAACACAAUGCCAACGCAUGGCUUCUCCAGCUUCAAGUUCCUGCCCGGCACCGAUGACUCCAUCAUUGUGGCCCUCAAAUCCGAGGAGCUGAAUGGCAAAACCGCCACCUUCAUCACAGCCUUCGAUACUACGGGCAAGACCCUGCUGCCCGAGGUGCGGAUCGAGACGGAGUACAAGUACGAGGGCUUCGAGUUCAUUUAGCUCGAGUUGGCUCCACUCCAGUUCCAAGCGUGUACAUAAUGUAUUAAUGCCCCCAUAUACAGUAAGCUUUAUAUUUAUAGUUAGUCCAGAGAUGCUCAGCUCAUGACCCGUGUGACUCCUUGUCUUGUCUUUGUACCAUAGCACAAAUCAAAUUUUAGUUUAUGUUUAAUGAAAUUGAAUUAAAAAAACGUACAAAGCCCUUGGCAUAAAC